ACAUUUUGUAACUAGAUCGGCUACUAGCAUUGGAAGGGCCCACGUUUCAUCCCUUCCUCUAGAAAGCCUACCGGCAGUUUUUGAAUCUGCCCUGCCCCCACUCCAGCAGAGAAGGACAGGGAGAGCAUUGGCGGUAGCCCUGUCUGGAAAGGGCGGCCCUUUGCCUUGAACAGGAAGCCACAACCACCUAGAAAAUGGAGCUUUCUUCUCUAGAAACUACAAUUCCCAGCGGCCUCCACGCAGAGCAUGCGCGGGAAUGUGCCAGGCGGGCCGGCCGAACCAGCUUGCCUUUCGAUUCCCGACAUGCUUCAUGGUGUGUUCCGGUUUCCUUGAUUUCCUACCCCCGCCAAACUUCCUGUUUCCAGCUUUCCAGCGGCGGACUACAACUCCCAGCAUGCUGAGAGAGCUGACAAGGAAGGUUUCUGAGCGUUUUGCUGGCAAAAGGAUUUCUUAGAACCUCCAGGCAUGCGUCUUUCUGCCCUGCUGGCCUUGGCAUCCAGGGUCACUCUGCCCCCCCAUUACCGCUAUGGGAUGAGCCCCCCAGGCUCCGUUGCAGACAAGAGGAAGAACCCCCCAUGGAUCAGGCGGCGCCCAGUGGUUGUGGAACCCAUCUCUGAUGAAGACUGGUAUCUGUUCUGUGGGGACACGGUGGAGAUCCUAGAAGGCAAGGAUGCCGGGAAGCAGGGCAAAGUGGUUCAAGUUAUCCGGCAGCGAAACUGGGUGGUCGUGGGAGGGCUGAACACACAUUACCGCUACAUUGGCAAGACCAUGGAUUACCGGGGAACCAUGAUCCCUAGUGAAGCCCCCUUGCUCCACCGCCAGGUCAAACUUGUGGAUCCUAUGGACAGGAAACCCACUGAGAUCGAGUGGAGAUUUACUGAAGCAGGAGAGCGGGUACGAGUCUCCACACGAUCAGGGAGAAUUAUCCCUAAACCCGAAUUUCCCAGAGCUGAUGGCAUCGUCCCUGAAACGUGGAUUGAUGGCCCCAAAGACACAUCAGUGGAAGAUGCUUUAGAAAGAACCUACGUGCCCUGUCUAAAGACACUGCAGGAGGAGGUGAUGGAGGCCAUGGGGAUCAAGGAGACCCGGAAAUACAAGAAGGUCUAUUGGUAUUGAGCCUGGGGCAGAGCAGCUCCUCCCCAACUUCUGUCCCAGCCUUGAAGGCUGAGGCACCUCUUUUUCAGAUGCCAAUAAAGAGCACUUUAUGAGUC